GUUUUGCUGUUAUAGUCCAUUUUUGAUAUGUAGUGUGUAACAUAAGCAAUAUCAAGAAUCAGAAUUUGAACAAAACUAGAGAAAAAUAUUAAUAUACAAUCAUAUGUAUAAAACUAUGUUUCUGAAUAAGUGACGGCAAUUAUUAAAAUUCUGUGCAUUUACAUGCAUGAAAACAACUUUGUGUAUUCUAUUACUUUCUUGCUCUUUUGAACAGAGAAAUCCCUCUCUUACUGGUCGUCGGCCUGAUAAUGGUUCUGAUCAACUUGUCGUCCUCGAUUAUUAGAUACAUAGUUGUGUUUGGCAACAUUUUGGCUCUUUUCCUUCUUUACCGACGUCAGACAGACAUCGAUGUUUUUAUCGUUAUCGCGGAAACUUCCAAAACGGCAAUUUUAGAUCAUAAACAACGAUGGUGAGCGUUUGUUUUUGUUUCAGCGGAUGGAAAAAUUAGCUGAUACUUGGAAUCUUAACGCCAGAAAGAAGAUGGACAGGGAAGAGAAUGCUCGCCAGAAUAAGAAAAGUGGCGAAAGAGAUGAAGAGAGUGUCAGUGAAGACGACCAGACUACGCGAUUUAAAUUGCUAGAGAGAGCAGCGAUAAUUGCAUUGAAAAAAUCAAUGGACGUUCUUACGUUAGAGAAGCUAUCUACCUGCUAUCCAACAUUGGCCAGUAAUGAAGAAGGGCUCAAGGCUCUCAAGAACGCUGAGUUGCAGGUGAAGGAGUUUUGGUUCAAAAAUAGCCAAAAUGAAUUUAAUAACAUAUUCCAAGAAAAAAGUGUUAAAACCAAGCUUGACGAACUAGAUCAGAUCAUUCGCGAAAGUCUCCAAAAUUUCAACAAUAAGAGUGAAAAUGGGAAAUUGGUGAUUGAGGACUUGAAGCCAGAUGAUGUUCUUUUGAACAAUCUAUACCAGAACAAGGUUCACUACUACAACGAGCUCAUCUCCAAGUACAUGGAAAUCAAAGAAAAAAACAAGGAGACUGCUCGUCAAAUUGUAACAAUAAGCCAAAUAUCCACCCAAACAGUUGGUGAAUUAGACUCAAAAUUCGAGGAGUUGCAGCGUAUCAACCAGGAGAUGGGAUACGCUGGCGACGAGGAGAUGCUGGCGCUUGGGCCCUACGACGGGUUGUUUGCGCGCCUCUGUCAAAGCGAGCUCUAGCAUUGUUUGUGCUGCUUGUGCUGCUUGUGCUGCUUGUGCUGUUUUUGCCUCCUUGCUAAAAAAACCCCGUUUCAUCCUGCCUCCGGAGUGCGGCGUGCGGAGCGGUGUUGUAAAUUUCCCAAUGGAGAUAAAGCAAAGAUUUUUUCUGUGGAUUUAUCAAUAGAAAAGAA